AUGGAAGACUUUGAGCAGACAGCCCUCUUCUCCGCGGACCUCAAGCCCAGCGUAUGGAUCCAGUAUGUGGACGACACCGUCGUCGUCUGGCCACAUAGCCCACAAGACCCCCAGCUGUUCCUUCAGCACCUCAACAGCCAACACAACGACAUCCAGUUCACCAUGGAGAAGGAACAAGGCGGACGCAUUGCAUUCUUGGAUGUCGAGGUUUCAAGAUCACAAGAUGGCACCCUAUCCCGCACAGUGUAUAGGAAGCCAACACACACCGACCGCUACCUGAACAACCGGUCAUUCUACCACCCCAGCAUCAAGGCCUCCGUCAACAGAACCCUCGUACGUCGAGCAUACAACAUCUGCGACCAAGACCACCUACAACCAGAACUCCAUCACAUCUCCACAGCACUACAGCGGAACGGCAAUACCUCCCACCGGAUCCAGCGCAUCCUUCUACACCAUGGCAUCAAAGUCUUCCAUACCGCCCCCAACAAGAUCCGAGCAACUCUCCAGUCUCACAAGGACAAACAAGACCACAAGACCAAGCCAGGGGUCUACAGGAUCCCCUGCGAAUGUGGCAAGGUGUACAUUGGCGAAACUGGCAGAAAUCUCACUACAAGACUCAAUGAACACCGAGCCCACGGACGACGGGGGGAUCUCGAGAAAUCUGCCAUCAUCAAACACUCCAGCACUGAAGACCACCAAGUCCACUGGCAACAAGCCCAUCUCAUUGCCAACAUAGAGCAAUGGCAUCCACGCCGUGUUCGUGAGGCAAUUGAGGUUCACAAGUACAGAACAGUUCCGCAAGACACAGGCUUCACCAUCAGUGACAUCUAG